AUGGAUGAGCUCAGGGCUGAAUACGAUAGAACCCAAGUGGAGCUCGAGCAGGCCCUUUCCGAGAAGGAGGCUUUGAACAACGACUCCCUUGCGAAACAGACCUCUAUGCAAGAGGAGAAUGCGAAGCUGAAGGACCAACACGAUAAACUAGCUGAAGACAACGUUGCUCUGAAAGCACAAAUAUCCACCCUUUCGGAAUCGCAAAGCUCGUCCUCGUCCGAAGUUCAGUCUCUGAAGCAGCAAUUGGGCGAUGCGGAGCGGGAGAAGCGUGAUCUCAUGAGUGUCAUUAGUCGUUCGAAGCAGGAAGAGGCUCAGCGUGAAGAGGAGUUGCAAAGUUUGCGCUCCAGCUUGAAAGAAGCGCGUCAAGAACAUCUGAGACUCGAAUCGCAAAUACGGGAACUCCGCUCUCAGGAAACGUCUACCAAGUUCAAACUCGACACCUUGACGCAACAACUCCAACUCGCACAAACGGAAGCUGAGCGAUCCAAUGCCGAACUUACGACCAAGACGGAGGAAUUCGCCAAAUACCGACGGACCAAGCACGCGGAAAUGCUCAAUCUCCAAUCUUCAUACGAUUCUCUUUCUCAAGAACUCACCUCGUCCAAGGCAUCUCUCAAGGCUCUUCAAUCGGCACAUAGCGCCCAAACCACCCAGUUGACGCAAGCGCUCUCGAAGAUUCAAUCCUUGAAUGGCCAAAUAGCCGAACAAGAAGCCAAGUAUGCCAGCGAGGCGAACGGUCUCAAACGGUUGGUUCAGAUGAUGGAGGAGAGGGAGAAGCAGGCGAAGGAGAUUGUGGAGAACAUCGAGAGUCAAUGGGCUACAGUAGGCGAGAAGGCAGAGAGGAGGGAGAAUCAACUGAAGGACCAACUGCAGCACGAAGCCAAACGUCGAGAAGAGGCCGAGAAACGCGUCGACCAACUCGAAAAGGUUUUGCAUCGCAUGGGCCGUGGCGAACUCCCAGUCCCUGGCACACCCCUUCGAACACCUGGCACUCCCGGAAACGGCACCGACUUCGACGGCAUGCUUGGUCUUAGUCCCACAGUGGCUCUGGCAAGCAAGUCUCAGCGCAGCGGGAAGACAUUCACGGAGGUCUACACCGACUAUGUUCGUCUUCAGGAAGAGUACGCCAAGAAGUGUGCUGAACAUGACCAAAUGGACCGCACCUUGACCGCUGUCUUGGCCGAAAUCGAAGAGCGGGCGCCACUUCUCACCCAACAACGAAUUGAGUAUGAGAGAGUCACUGCGGAGGCCACAGAGCUAUCCGCGCAACUCUCGCAUGCCCUUGCUGAUAGAGAAGCUCAAGCCAAGCUCGCUGAAACGCAGACGCAGAAACUGGUGAAGUCCACUCGAGAGAACGCCCUUUUGCAACAGCAACUUUCAGAUCUUGGACGUCAAGUGCAAACCUUGCUUAAGGAAAUAGCUCGUCGUGACGACCCCACCAUCCCAACCGACGAAGAAAUGGAGAGCGUGCCGUUCGUACCCGCUAACGAUGUCAACACCAUCAUCACCAACAACCUCGUACUGUUCCGAAGCAUCGAGUCUUUGCAGGAACAGAAUCAGAAGCUGUUGAGGAUCACGAGGGAAUUGGGAGAGAAGAUGGAGGCGGAGGAGAAGGAAUACAAGGCUGCGAUGGAACAGGAACAAGCUGAAGCCAUUCGUGAAGCGCACGAAGCUAUGCAGGAGUUGGCAGCGCAGUUGGAGACACAGAAGAAGAACAGCGACACCCUCAUUCAGUCAUAUGUCAAGGAGCGCGACGCACUUAAGGCCAUGCUCUCGCGAGCAGAGGCUGCAGCAUCUCGCGCCGGCAUCAGCAUUGACGUUGGCCAGGCACCACCUUCCGCAGAGACCUCAGCUCCAGUCAUGCCAGACUCCGAAGUUGCCAGGGAACUUGCUGAGGUUCAGCAGCAGUUCGAUGCAUACAGGACGGAGAUGGGCCAUGACGCUACUCGCUUGCGGGAUGAGCUCACGUCUGCGCAGCGAGAAGUACAUGAACUCACCACCAGUCUUGCAAAGGCUAAUGCAAAGAUCGAAUAUCUCAACGAGCGUCACCGAGUCCACGCUGAGCAAUAUCAACUCACCAGCCGCGAUUUGGAAGAGAUCACGAAGCGCAACCAGGCCCUCUUCGAUCAGUGGACAAGAGCGGAUGUUGAAUGUUCAAGACUUUCCGAAGACUUGCACGUCGCGAAUGCUCGCCUUGAGCAACUCAGGAAUGAGUCUGCCAAUCUCCGUGCCGAGAAACAGAUCUGGGAAGGUGUACAGGCCCGACUGUUGGAUGAGAACAAGACUCUGGCCAUGGAGCGAUCGCACCUCUCGGAUCUGAUGGCGAACAUUCAGAAGAUGCACAACGACCUUGAACGUUCGGGAGAGAACGACCGCCGUCGUCUCGAAAACCAACUGCAGAUGCUGGAAGCUCAAAGUCAGGAUCUGAGAACCCAAUUGUCUCGCGAGCGCGACUCCCUUCGCCAUGUCACCACGCAGAAGGACCUCGAGUCUAAGGACCUCCAGAGCCGGUUGGACAAGGCUAACCUCGAGUUGUCGAAGACCCGGGAGACCCUUGUCGGUGCUGAAACUAGCAAGCAACAUCUCGAGCAGCGGGUUGAAGACCUUACGAAGCAGUUGCACGGCCUUGAAGAGAAGCUCGGUGUCUACGAGGGUCGUCCUUCAACCGCGAUUGCAGCACCAGCACCUUCUGUUGACCCCAACAUGAGUCGCGAGCAGCAACUCGAGCAAGAAGUUGCGGAGCUCAGAUCCGCUCUUAAGGUUGCAGAGGUCGAUUUGGCUAGUGCCAAGGGGCACGUCGAACAAUUCAAGGAGAUCAGUCAAGCUAACGAAGUCGCUCUUGCCAACCUCAACUCCACGUUCGACGAGUACAAGUCCUCUACAGAGAGCCAAAUCGCAAGACAAGAAGCUGAGUACAAGGCAUUGGAAGCGAAACUCGAGGCCGCCAGCGCCGAGUUGGCUCGACUCCGUGAACAAUACAAUGCCUCUCAGAAGGCUUUCGAGGAGGAGCGAACUGCCCUUAAGAACGACAAGAAGAUCUUGGAGGACACUAUUGUCGACAUGACUACUUCUGAGAAACACUUGGAGAGUGAUCGUUCGUCGAGAGAACAGGAGAUCAAGCUCGUUGAGGAACGGGCCAAGGCCGCUGAAGAACGCUAUUCCAAGGAGGUUGUCGCUCAUGCUGAGUCCAUCAAGACCAUUGAACAACUCCGCCGCGAUCUUUCCGAUGCUCAGAACAAGGCCCGUGAAAAUCAAGCUGCUUCGGAGACUGCUGUCGCGAAGUUGGCUGCUUCUGAGCAGAGCUGGAAGCAACAGAAAGAGACCCUUGAUAAAGAGAUUUCUGAUCUCAACGCUCGAUGCCAGGAUCUUUCGUCGCAAAAUACGCUCCUCCAUCAGCACCUUGAAUCGGUCAGCUCGCAGGCUGCACGCAUUAGACAAGCAGCGAACGACUCUGCUUCUACUCCUGCAACCGAGGGAGAUGGAUCAGAAGAUGCUGCCAAGGAACUGGAGAACCUUCGCCCUGUGGUCUCUUACCUAAGGAAGGAGAAGGAGAUUGUGGAGUUGCAGCUUGAACUUGGCAAGCAGGAGAAUGCGCGAUUGAAGUCUCAGAUUGAACACCUCUCGCAGUCAUUGGAAGAGGCUAGGACGACGAUCUCCGAGGAACGCGAACGCGCUGUACAGAGCGCUGCGUCGGCCGCCCAACAUGCUGAACUCGUGGAGAAGAUGCAACAGAUUAAUGUUCUCCGCGAGAGCAAUAGUCUGCUCCGUGCCGAGUGCUCAAGCAACGCGAAGAAAGCCAGCGAUUUGGAGACCAAGUUAGCGCAACUCAGUGCUGAAGUGGAACCUGCCAAGGAACAGGCGCGCGUCGCGCAGGCUGAACUCGAGGCCGCCAAAGGACAGGUACAACGGCUUGAGCAGGAAAGCCGUGGCUGGCAAGAGAGGAACAGUCGUCUGCUCUCCAAGUAUCAGCGAGUGGAUGCCUCUGAAGUUCAAGCUCUGAAGGAAGAGGUCGAGAAACUCAAGGCUGAAAUAGAGGAACACGCAGUCGCUAAGAAGAAGGCAGAAGAUGCCGUUAAGAAAUCCUCUGACAACGUGGAACGUCUGAAUAACGCGAUCGAGAUGCAGCGCAAACGAUUAAUUGAGGAGAGGAAUGAAUCGAGGGCCACGAUCGCUAAGCUAGAGGCCAAAAUCGCUACUUUGUCAUCGCAAGACGAAAUCAAGAACUUGCAGCAAAGUGUGGCUACUUUGCAGACCGAGAAAGCCACCUUGUUGGCUGAAAAGGAGGCGUUGGAGAAAGCUGCCAGCGCGGCGGUCCCAGCGGCAGCAUCGAGUGCACCUGCACCUAAUUGGGAGGCUGAAAAGGCUGAAAUAAUCAAGGCGCGUGACGAGGCCGUCCAGCAAAUUAAGGAAUUGGUGGAAGAGAAACGAGGCUUGAAGAUGCAGAAUGAGAACUUCCAGAAAAGACUUGCUGAUACGACGAAAUUACGCCGCGCCGACCAAGAGCGACAUGUGGUCGCAGUUGAGAAGGCAGUCGAGCAGACGAAGACUGAAAUGCAAGUCGCGAAAGAACAGGAGAUCAAGGCGAUGGAGAAACAGCAUGCAGAAGCGUUGGAAAGCUUGCGAAAGGAGCUGGAGGCCAAGCAAAGAGCCGAGAUCAAGCCCGACCCACAGGCUACCGUCAAAUCAGAGCCUGCGGAUCAACAGGCUGCAAUCGAAGCUGCCUUGGCCGCUGAAAGGGCAUCCUUCGAGCAGCAGAUCAACAGUGCGCGGGACAGUGGUCGGAAGGAAGCCGAAAUGAAGUUGCGCGUCGUCCAGAAGCAAUGUGAAAAGGCCAAACGGCGAGUUAAGGAUCUCGAGCAGAAUAUCCACGAGUGGGAAGCUUCUGGCUUGUUACCUGCCGGCAGCCUUGCCAGCAUUCCUCCUCCGGUAGUACCAGAUGCUAAGGCUGUAGCUUCUUCAGCGCCGCCUCCUGCAACUCCCGCUGCACCCACGGAAACUCAGCCUGCUGCCAAACCUGAGGCAAAACCUGCCACUGCCGCUCAGCCUACCCAAACACCUCCUGCUACGACCGCUGCAGCACAAAAUACGCCCGCUGCAAAACCUGCUGCCCCAGUCCGGAGUCAGCCUGCUCCAAAACCUGCUGCUCCCGCUACCAUCCAAGGUCAACGACCUGCCACCACCGCUGCCGCGACGACUGCUGCUGCUGGUGCCCCAGUGCGACGGCAAGCUCCUGCCGGCGCUGCUCCCCGAGGAGGGGCCGCAGUACGUGGGCGUGGUGUGCCGUUGGGUCGUGUUGCUCCUUCGCGUCCACUGCCAACGAAGCCAGCCGCCCCGGGAGGCCUUUCGAUUGCUGGUGCUGCUGCAGCAGCAGCAGCUUCCACUGCAGGACCCAAACGACCUCGGGACGAAUCGGAUAAUACUGGUCAAAGCGACUCUCUUGCGAAGCGGUUGAAACCCGCUGAUGAAUUUUUGUAA